AUGGACGGCAAGGGCUACACCACACCGCCCACCGCCCCCGCGGCGCAGGCCGAGGCCGGGGCGCCGCCGCACUCCUACCCCCCGACGCAGCACGGCAACGACGCCGCGGCGCCACAGCCGGGAUCGCAGGUUUCCUAUCCCUCGAUGGAACACGCCAUGGACGGUCUGGACGCCACCGCGCCACAGCCGGGCGCGCCGCCGCACCCGUCCUCCCCCCUGACGCAGCAGGCCAUGGAGAUGGAGGGCAAGUACGCCGCCCCGCAGCCGGGCACGGGAGCGCCGCCGCCAUCGUCCUCCCCACUGGCGCAGCAAUCCAUGGACGGCAAGGACGCCGCCCCGGCACCGCCCGCGGACGCCGAGUCGGCGAAAUGGGGCACGCGGCAGAUGGGCCCGCCGGCGGCCCCGGGGGCGCACCCGGAGAACCAGCAGGCGGCGCAGUGGACGGCCUCGCGCGGCGACCAGGAGCUGCCGCCGUACGUCAUCAUGGGGGGGCCGGAGCCGGCGCCGGCGGCAUCCACGCGGCGGACGGACAAGGAGACCAAGGACAGCCCCAUGGAGCACAUCCUCGACUUCUUCAACGUAUGGAGCCGCAAGGCCGAGGAGCUCUCCUCCAACAUCUGGCUCAACCUCAAGACGGCGCCGUCCAUGUCGGACGCGGCCAUGGGGAAGCUGAGCCUGGGCGCCAAGGCGAUCACGGGGGGCGGCUUCGAGAAGCUGUACAAGCAGACCUUCGCCUCCGGCCCCGACGAGCACGUGAAGAAGACGUUCGCCUGCUACCUGUCCACGGCCACGGGGCCCGUCGCCGGCACGCUCUACCUCACCAACCUGAACGUCGCCUUCUGCAGCGACCGCCCGCUCUCAUUCACCGCGCCGUCGGGCCAGACCGCAUGGAGCUACUACAAGAUCGUGAUCCCGCUGGCCAAGCUCGCAGCCGUCGAGCCCGUCACGGCCAAGGAGAGCCCGCCGGAGAAGUACAUCCACAUCGUCACCGUGGACUCGCACGACUUCUGGUUCAUGGGCUUCGUCAGCUACGACAAGGCCGUGCGCCACCUGGGCGGGGCCGUCUCGUCGUCGCAGCACCACGGCGCCGCUCCCACCGCGGCGCCGGCGCCGGCACCCACCUACGAGUGA